CCGCAACCAUGAAUUUCGCAGAAAUAUUAGACCUCGUAGACAUCCUAGAGCCCGUCUACAAAGCCUCCUACAACCUGAGCAUGAAGUACCCGCUCCCCGCGAUCCUCAUCCUCAUCAGCAGCAUCCUAACCAUAUUCGCGAUCGCACAGCUCAUAAACGAAGUCCUCAACGCCAUCUACAAUUUCGCCAGCAACCUUUUCCGCAAGCAGUCCAACCCCUACGAGCGGCGGUAUGUGCCAUACACGCAACCCAACGGCCGCAUGGCGAACGAGAAAAACGUACAAAGCUGGACUAUGUGGACCGUUCUUGUCGUUUUGGGAUAUAUAUUCUUGCCGACGGCGCGUUGUAUCGUUUGAGGGAGUAU